AUGGUUGUUGAAGCUAUUCCCCUUUCGCUCCGCCCAGUCGAGGCCUGGUCGAGUUCUGAGCAUCGAAUCGUUGGUUCCCGCAUCCGCGAGCCUGUCUUGUCCUCUGCCAAGCUCCUUCUCAUCCCAGCUUCACGCUUAUUCCGCCAAUCCCGCGACACCCGUAAACCCAGUCGAGAGCAGCAAGAUGGAGACGCUGUUGGGUGA